AUGGCGAGACGUUACGGAUAUUCAGGGUUCACGAUACCCACUCGUAACCGUGACUGGGAUGAGUACCGUUCCUCUCCCGAUCCGUACAGAAACACCAGGACCGAGUCCCUGUAUAGCCCCAGCCGGCCGACAGUGGGCUACCGCCAAUCCCCGAGUGCCUUUUAUUCUCCGCAGCCGAGACGUCCUGCUUAUGGAACGUAUGGCCGAUCAUCCUUCAUCGAAAGUCCUACAGGAUCGCGCGCCCCAAGGAGAAUCGACGACUCGGAUUACGACGCCGACUAUUCCGACCAGUGGAGCGGCAGCGCCGCAAGGGGUCCUGCGCGAUUCGGUGGUUAUGGCUUCAACGCAAGACUGCGAGGCUCGAAUCUGUACGGCCGUUCCAGGAUCCAAACUGCUCCACAAUCCUUCACGUACGACAACUCGGGGGCUCGCGGCUCAGAAAGCGGUUCCGAUUACAGCGGCGACGCUAUGGUCGGUUUACCACUUACACGAGAGAUUAUCCGGUUCGAUCGCCAGGGUCGACAGCUUCUCGCCGCUCUGCAGGUGGGUGGUCAGAUUAUUUUCAGCGGACAGGGUCAAGUCGGUACCGCGGGUACUGGUGAGGGCUUGAUGUCGUGAAUGCCGUUAUCGCUCGCCGAGAGAAGUUGUGUGCUUGUGACAUGUGAUGCUUUGAUGUGAAGGAAUGUGUAGGAGACUAUUAAUUGGACCGGAUUGGGGGAGUCGAGCGCUGUGGGAAGAUCGUGUCGCGACGAAGGAAGAUCAUGUUAUUGAGGAAUGUUGGCCGUUUGCGAUGAGCGUUGCACAUUUGGGUUUUCAGUCGUUGGAACAAAGUUAGGAAUAAAAGAGAAUCGGUGUGUUGAUGAUAAAUUGCUACUGAAAGAUGCAAAACUAGAAAACUG